ACCGACAAUGCUUGAAAAUGAGUAUAGUGAAUGUUCCAGAUCAAAUAUGAGUGCAGGUAGCGUAUCAAACAAUUGUAAAAAUCGGCGUCGGCGAAAAUGCCGACGUAGCUGCUCUCAAGUUUUUCUCUAUCUUUAUACAACCGGCCUGCAGAAGGCAACAUCGUUCAUCAAGAUUGCUUUCUGCAAUUUUCCAAGCGCGAGAAUUAUGUUUUACGGUUGCACUUUCUGCACCAUAUUAGAUUUUUUGCAGAUGUGCAGAGCAGUUUCUCAGCCAUUGGACAGAGUCGAAAAGAGUGCAGCAGCAAUAUACGCGACAGUGUGCUGUGCUGUGUGCCUGGUGUCACGCGACACUAGCACGCUUUUAUUUUGUGUCCAUCAGGUUACUAGUGGGUUUUAGGUUAAUUGCAUAGCGGUGAAUCCGGCGAGAACACGGUGCGUCGAGCGAGUGUCAUAAACAGUCGCGUCCGACAAUCCUACGGCGAUCGAGGCCCGACCCGACGGUCGAGAACGAACAGCUGCACGAUUAAAUGACGAGCAGCGACCAUGGCAACGCCUGCCAGCGAUAAAAAAGCGAGGGUGAUUGUUCUGGGAGGGUGUGGUUUUAUCGGCCGUAAUCUCGUUGAGUAUCUGCUGGACAACGACUUGGUGUCAUACGUAAGAGUCGUGGACAAGGUGCCACCACAGACCGCAUGGCUCAACGCGAAACACCAGCGGAUGUUUGAACAUCCGUCGCUCGAGUUCCAGAGUGCUAAUUUAAUUAACAUAGUGUCUUGUCAAAAUGCAUUUUCCUCUGACGAGCCUAUUGAUUAUGUGUUCAAUUGUGCCGGUGAGACAAAGAGUUGUCUCACAGAUCCAGUGUACAAAGAAGGUAUUUAUAAACUAAGCCUAAACUGUGCUCAACAAGCUGCCAAAAUUAAAGUCACUCGUUACAUCGAGAUGUCAUCUGGCAAUGUUAAUGCUUCAGAAAAGAUUCCUCAUAACGAAGAGGAUAUUGGAGAGCCAUGGACAUUUGUAGCAAAAUAUAAGUUACAAGUGGAGCAUGAGUUGAAAAACAUUCCAGAUUUGAGAUAUACUGUACUUAGACCAGCCAUUGUGUAUGGUUGCGGUGAUAGAAAUGGUUUAGCGCCAAGAUUGGUGGUAGGUGCAGUUUAUAAGCAUCUAGGAGAAAUGAUGAAGCUGCUCUGGGGACCAGAUCUUCAUAUGAAUACGGUUCAUGUGAGAGAUGUUGCUAGAGCUAUCUGGCAUGUCGCGAACCAGCCGGAAACAAUGGGCCAAACGUAUAACCUUGUUGAUGAGGGAGACUCUACUCAAGGUUCCAUUAGUGCCAUAAUCUCAGAACUGUUCAAUAUCAAUCAUGAUUAUUGGGGUACUGCACUAUCUACACUCGCUAAAGCUGACAUGAACCACGUUGUGGAAGAAGUGAACGAUAAACACAUGGGUCCUUGGGCUGAAGCUUGUCGUAAGGAUGGAGUGAUGAACAGCCCUCUAUCUCCAUACAUAGAUCAAGAACUUUUGUACAAUAAACAUUUGUACUUACAGCCUGGCAAAUUAACCACCAUAGGAUUUACAUACCAGUACCCUAAAUUGACGAAAGAUGCUCUUACAGAGGUACUUAAUGAUUAUGUAGGCAUGAAAAUCUUCCCAUACUCUUUGGUUCUAUGAAUUUUAGCAAUACACCGGCUGCCGAAUUCGAAUAUCAAGAAGCUGUCGACGAUUUUCAUACUAUUAGACGCAUACACACAUACGUGUAUGUAUACAUAUACGUAUAUAUAUGUACACUUGGUUUGUAAUAUGGUUUGAACGCUUUCUCAGUGCAGUUUAGUGCACAGAGCAGAGCCGGUAGUCGAAUGAGACCAACAUAACUUCUGGAAAUUAAUAAAAAGCAAGUCUCUCAUUAGACCAUUAACUGUGUUUCAAACUACAAGAGAAAUAAGUGUUCAACCGUUUUGAAACCAAGUGUAUGCAUGCGCGUAUAUGUGUACACACACACACACACACACACAUAUAUAUAUAUAUUAGAGA